GGAUCAAUGCUUACAAAAAGUGACCUGGGUUCACUCUUAGUUAAUAUUUAUAGGACAUGGACAGGCUACUUCUAAAAUCCCUAUAAAUGUCAGAUUUACCCUUAAGAUAGCACUGACAAGGGAGGCACGGAGGGCCGUAAGAUGAGAGUGAUUGUGCUUUGUGGUGUGAUAGCUGCCCUGCUCCUGUCUGUGGCCUUGGCCGCCCCACAGGGUGACCAUGACGGCCAUGACCACGGGCCCCACACAGCAGACCAUCACCACCACCUCCACCAUGGAAAAGACGAGCCUCAUCCACAGCACGAGGGUGAACACAGCUCCAUGCUCACUCAACCCAAUGCUGACUUUGCCUUCGCUCUCUACAAGAAGCUGAGUGCCCUACCCGAGUUGCAGUCAAAGAACAUCUUCUUCUCCCCACUGAGCAUAUCCAUGGCUCUGUCCAUGCUGGCUCUUGGGGCUAAGGGUGACACUUUCAACCAAGUGUACAUGGCUCUUGGCUAUGCUAGAUUGCCCGCUCAAACAGUCAAUGAGGCCUAUGAGCACAUCUUUCACAUGCUGGGCCACAAUCAAGAACACAUGCAGCUUGAUGCAAGCAAUGCCAUUGCUGUUAUGGAAGGAGCCAAGGUCAUAGAUAAGUUUAUGGAGGAUGCCAAACAUUACUACGAAAGUGAGGCAGUCUCUGUUGAUUUCUCUAAACCUGAAGUUGCUAAGCAAGAAAUCAAUAAGUACAUUGCUAAAAACACCAACAACACCAUCACUGACAUGGUGAAGGAGGUAGACCCAGCCACCUUAAUGAUGCUCAUCAACUGCAUUUACUUUAGAGGUGAAUGGAUGGAAUAUUUUGAUCAGGAUGGAACUACAAAAGGAGACUUCCAAGUGGAUGUCAACACAAAGGUAUCGGUAGACAUGAUGCAGAAUGAUGGCUUUUAUGAGUUCUACGAGGACAAAGAGAACUUCACCACUGUGCUCAGACUCCCAUACAAGGGCAGUGCAUCUAUGAUCAUCGUCAUGCCGGACGAGGGGAAGAUGAAGGAGGUGGAGGACUCCAUUUGCCGCCAUCAUCUCAGGCACUGGAUGCAAGCCAUGGAAUCUGGUAAGGUUAUUGUUCACAUGCCAAAAUACUCCAUCUCUGGCCAAUUCUCACUGAAAGAUACCUUGGAGUCAAUGGGUGUUGUCAGUGCCUUUUCUGAUACAGCUGACUUUACCGGAAUGACAGGCGAAAAAGUAAAAGUGUCAAAGGUGGAACACAAAGCUGUCCUCAAUGUGGACGAGAAAGGCACAGAAGCAGCCGCAGCCACAACAGUGGAGAUUGUGCUUAUGGCAUUACCUACUCCACCCAAGAAGCUGAAAAUCGACCGACCUUUUUUGGUGUUCAUCACAGAUUACAACACUAAAAGUAUUCUUUUUAUGGGCAAGAUCACAAACCCUGCAGCCGAAUGAUCACAACAUCUGACUGUACUGUGCUUUCACAAUGUGGACAAGAAAACUGAGAAAUGUGAAAUGUUUUGAAAUAAUAAAUAUUUCAUGAUGUACAACAAAA